GCUUAUUAAUAUUAGUUCAGUGAAUGGCUCGCAUUUUUGGCACAUAGCCAUAAACCCUAGUAAUACAACCCCCUAACCAGAAAAGAGCCAAAGCGAUUGCUUGCCAGCACAAUCUUCUCCUUCGAAGUUAAAUUAGAAUAGCAACAAUGACGGAAGCAGUGGAGGCAAAAUCAGGUGCGGCGUCCCCAUCGGAAGGUGGCGGUGGGACUGGGGUGAACAUCUCUCUGAAAGAUAAAGGAAACGAAUUUUUCAAAGCAGGGAAUUACCUCAAAGCUGCUGCUCUCUACACCCAAGCCAUCAAGCUUGACCCCUCUAACCCCACUCUUUACAGCAACCGUGCUGCUGCAUUUCUGCAAUUGGUCAGGCUUAACAAGGCUCUUGCUGAUGCUGAAACAACAAUUGCACUGAAUCCCCAGUGGGAAAAGGGAUAUUUCAGGAAAGGAUGCAUACUAGAAGCCAUGGAGCAAUAUGACGAUGCCUCAGCUGCCUUCCAAACAGCUUUGCAAUACAAUCCACAAAGUUCUGAAGUAUCAAGGAAGAUUAAGAGGAUUUCCCAGCUGAUGAAAGACAAAAAGAGAGCUCAAGAAGUGGAGAAGAAGAGAUUGAAUAUUGAUAUGGCAAAGCACUUGGACACGUUGAAAUCUGAAAUGUCUGCACAGUAUGGAUCUGAGGAAUGCUGGAAAGAAGUUUUUUCUUUCCUUGUUGAGACAAUUGAGACAGCUGUGAAAUCGUGGCAUGAAAGUUCUAAAGUGGAUCCAAGAGUCUACUUCCUUCUUGAUAGGGAAAAGACCCAGACUGAUAAAUAUGCUCCGACUGUCAAUAUAGAUAAGGCCUUUGAAUCACCUGAGACGCACAGCAGUUGUUUUUCAUUUCUUAGGCAGUAUGCAGAGGAUUCUUUCUCUAGAGCCGCCUGCUUGGUGACUCCCAAAAGUAUCAUAUCUUACCCACAGGUUUGGAGAGGUCAAGGAUCGAGAAAGUGGAAAUAUGGGCAACAUGAUGGUUUCUUUGUUCAAUUUGAGUCACCUUCCCUGCGAAAGCUUUGGUUUAUUCCUAGCUCUAAUGAAAUGGGACAAACAUUGUGCAGGGAGCCAGAGGUUCUUGACAUCAGUGCCCAUGAAGUGCUUCCACGCCUAUUCAAGGAAAAGCUGCUCAAUGCUUGAGUCUUUCUAAUCUUGACCCGGGUUCCAUGAUAGAAAUUUGGGAGGUCUGCUAAACUGGGGGGCUUUGUGUUUGAAAGAAAGACACAAUGAUGCAUGCCUCCUCCCCUUUUCCCUUCAUUUGGAUGGAAGCUCCUGCUCUGCUUUGACAUGGCAAUUGCUUCUGAGAAGGUGCUUUCCUUUGUCGUACCAUGUGUGUAUACAGUUUAAAAACUCUUUCUGAAAAUUCUGAAGGCUUUUAUGUGUGGCUUCAAUUUACCGAGAUUUUUGUUAUACGAUUGGUUUUCCUCCUGUACUCUGGUUAUAAAGAUGGCCAAAUUAUAAGGA